AGCUGUGGUGGUAGAGAGCUUUGGCUUGGAUGCACUUGAAGUAAUUGGUUUGCAAGAGACAUCUUUGGUAUCCAAACAGUCAAUUCCAUCGUCCUUGUUUGAAGUCCGUGGUUGGAUCGGAAUGAUUGUAGUAUGUUCUUCUUGUGAGUCCUCUAAAGCAUAUACAGUGUUUGCCAAAAAAAACAAUACACAACUUCAAAUCAGGAUAAAAAUGAUUAUGUUCAAUAUGGUACAUUGCCUUAUAUAUCAUUUUAAAGGUAAUACAUUUUCAAACAAUUUGGUAUAUUACACUAUGUCAUACAAUUAAUAGUAAAGGUAUUUUAUACUUAUUUGGGAGUACGGGUUGCUAUUUUGUGUUUCUAGCUUCUAGGGAGAAAAUAGUUAAUCUUUGGGAUUAUGUUAAUUUUCUAUUUAUAGAAUAUAAUUUUGUUAGAUG